CCUUGUUGCAGGUGGCGGUAAUGUAGUAGAAGUAGUUUCUCGGCGUGAAAAUGGCUGUCGGUUGCGAUCAGGCUGUCCUCUGUAACAUCGUACAAAACCAACUCGCUCAUUUGGGCGAGCCGAACAUCGACAAAUUCCACCUCCUGCAUCUCAUCGAUGACUACCAGCUUUUCUCCUACGAAAAAUCACCAGCCCUUGACAAAGUUUUUAAGGAAAUCCACACACUCCUUGAAUCACCAAAACACAGAUGGUUUGGACUGCUGCUGCUGCAACGUGCUGCAUGUCAGUGCAACAAUGACAUCCAAUCAGACCAUGCCAAAUAUUGGUUGGAAAAAACAUUGUCUUUCCUCAAGCCUCACCAGCCUCUUGAGGUCAGAAUGAUGAGUUUCCACACCUUCUGUAUGCUGCUGCGACAUAUAUCUGACAAGAAGAACCUGUCCAAGUAUUUUGAUACUCCUUUCUUGAACUCCUUCAUCCACAUGUGUCUGUCAAAUAUUACCUGUUGUCCAAAUCAAUCAAUACAAAGCUUGACCUACUGUGUGGAAAAGUUCCCUCAAUCUGCUGAUCUUUUUAAGCAUCAAGUAGGUGAAGACUGGAUCAAUAAACUUUUUCUCCAGAACAUUCCUGCUAAGCAUAUUGCUCAGCUCGUGUCUAUAGUGGAGCACCGUUCCAGUGUCAAGUCCGAAUUCACCAGCAUAGAGUGGCAUGUCACCAACAUCCAUCACCUGCUUAACCUCAUCGUUGAAGAAGGAGACCCAGAUUUCCAGCCCUUGGUUUUGGACAAUGCAAUGACAACCAUGUUGACAAAUUUUUCAAAGACUAUAUCUGAGUUUGAGGAACCCAAAAGAACAACAGCUCUUAUUUAUAAAAUUAGAUUCGGAAUGGCCUGUAUUGACAAUCUGAUCAAUAAACCAGCUGUGAAAUCUUCGGAUACUUUCCGUUUUAAUAUUCUUGGAAUACUUCAACUUUUUCACCGAUUCAUUGACAUUGGCUCAAAAAAGUCAAUGCAGUCCCUCCGUAAAGAAUUGUACACCUCCUACCAACCUGUCCUAAUACAGCAAGCCACCAGUUUGCUGGCUUGUCUCAUUAAACAUAUCCGAAGUCUGUUGGCUCCAUUUACUCUCAUAGUUAAUGAUUUGUUCAGAAAAUUCCUGAACAAAGCUGUUGGCACCAAAAGUGACACAACAAUAUUAGUAUACAGGAACACAAAAGCUGAAAUAUAUUCCUGCCUUGCCUUCUAUCUACAAGUUUUGAAGAGUGCAGUCGAUAGACAGGGCUUCACAACAUUUCUCAUUAGUCAUAUACUUCGAGAUAUCAACAUUGAAGAAUCGACAAUGAAGAUGAUCAACACCAAUAAAAAAGGUCGACCAAAUCCAUUGAAAAGUCAGAACACCACAGAAGGAGAUUUAGCUGUCAAAGCUCUUACAGCCUUGCGUUGGAUAAUCCUCACUACUGGGCCAAGGAUAAAUGCAAAAUUCUUAAAUGACAUUCAGGUAUCCUUGCUGCAAUGCAUUGAGACUUCACUCCUGCAGCAGUUUCCACACCAAAUGACAGGUAAACGGCGGAAGGAGCAAUACCACUGUUUAGUGGCGCUGGGCACAGUCCGUCACGCCUACUACAGUCCGCCCAUAGCUGCCAUUAUGUCCCUGUUGAACCGAGCAUCGCAGGAAGACACUGAUUUAGAGGUUUCCAGUUAUUGCCAAGAAGCCAUGAGUAGUUUUGAGUUCAUAGCUAUUGCCUGCCGCUCUGUCAUGUUCCAGACCGUAUCGACACAGCCACAGUCCGAAACUGUGAAAAUCAGUUCCAGUCGACCAAGUAUGUGGAUGAUAGAAAACCUUGCUGAAUCGGAACCUAGACAGGCAUCUUUCAACAGCUUCCCACUACAGACGGAAUUUGGUGGAACACAACAAAAACAGACAAAUGUGAACACGGCUGUUAGUUCAGAAUCUCUCGCUUACUUGCCUACCCUCUCUCUCAGCCAGUCCAACACUGACAGCUUUAAGAAGACCAUCUCUUUUGACGAGGGAGCCAGUUCUUCUCAAGCCUCCACCUCCAUGCCACAAAUGGCAGCCCCAUCUGAAGUGAUCCACAUGGACCCAAUCUCUGCCAGGGGUGACGCUAUGGAUGAUGUUGUCAGCGAACCUCCAUCUGAGUCAAACUCUGCUGAACCUAUUAACUCAGACUCUGACAUUCAGUAUGUGGAGUGUGGUGAAGAUUCCGCAGAAGAAGAGAACAGUGCUGAAGAGGCAAGUGAAGAAACCAACGAGAUGAUGCAAGUGGACAGUAUGCUGAAGGCCUUUGUUGAAGCCCCACCAGACUCGGAUUAAAGAUUUUUUCAUUUGUUGUAUUAACAAAUCAUUUCAUUUAGUCAUCAUCACUGUUUUAGUUUAUUGCAGUUCAUCAGCUGAGUGGUGUGAGUGUGUCUUGUCAGAACGGUCUUUGUCGUUGGUGCUUUUUGUUGCGUAGGGGUUGAUUAGGGAUGGAAACCUAUAGAAGGGUAGGCAGGAUCACAACUCCUAAAACAAUACUGGGGUCUCAUCAUCUUCAGGCCAGAAGUCUCUGAGCCUAGAUUAAGGUUAGUUGGAUGUAAUAAACAAAUCCUGAAUCUGUUGUAUACAGCAGACAUCAUAGAGUAGGUAAUACUGUUUCAUUUUGGCUUUAGCUCCAGUUUAGAAAUAUUUCAUUUUUAUGGGAAAUGCCAGGUUACAAAAACAUCCAGAUCUUAAAAGGGGAAGGGUUAAAAAAAAAAUCCUUAGAUUUUAACUACCUAUAGUUUGUAACUUAUUACUUAGAAACUAAAGAGAAGGGAUUACAAAUGGGGGGAGGGUUGUUUUUGUUUUUUUAAAGAUGACUGUUCCAGGUAUGUAAAAAUUUGUUUACCCUGUCACACAAACAAGAGGAAAAUUAGUUUGAAACAUUACACAGAUGUUGACAGAGUUUUGCUCAACUCUAGAGUAAUGGUAAAUAGUAGGGAUUGGGGUUGGAGUAAUAACAGUAGGGGAUUUGGUGAAUGGAGGUGGGUGAUAGAAAAGAACACAGAAUUAAACAAAUUGUCAAACAGAAGACAUCUUUUGUAUUGAAGACAACAAUAGCCUCAGCUUUCCUGUUUGUUGAGCCUACAACACAUAACUGUUUGGAAAGAGGUUAUGGAAGUUCAUUCAUUUUCAAAAUUACCAGAAAAA